AUGCAAGGUAUAGUUAGGAGAAAGGUCCUACAUGUCCUUAUAUGGAUUAUGAGAGAACAAGAAAGGUACAAUGGGCAGUUCCUUCUUGUCGGUAUGACCAUGGGAUAUAGGAAGGUUUUGUACCUGGCAUGGGAUGUUUUCCAGAAUAUGUUCUCCUAUGAAGAGGAGAGCUGGAAGGAGCUCUCAGUUAACAUACUGAGAAAACUUGUUGGGGUGGAUAAAGAGAGCUCAUGGUCUCCCAUCAUUGUCCUCGUACCAGGAUGCUAUGUUGGGAUUGGUUUGGAAGUUCCUGGUAGAACUGGUACUGGUCCCGAGGAACCUGCAGUUCUAGGAUUCGGUGCAAUUCCAAUAGGAGGUGGAACUCUAGUUGGCGAUCUGCUAGGGCCCCUCGCAUUUCCAUCAUCAGUGCCUUCAUCUUGUGGUGCAUCUCGGGAAUUCCUCCCUGGCAAUAGUUGGCAGGUUCUUUCCCUUUUCUUGAACUUGGCAUAA